AUGCUGCGCAACGCUGCUGCCGGCGCUCGAAAGGCCGUGACGGAGCUAUCUCAGUUUCCAAAGCCUGGCGAGAAGCUGCACGGCUUUACCCUCGUGCGAUCCAAGCAUGUUCCAGAGCUUGAGUUGACGGCUUUGCAUCUUCAACAUGACAAGACAGGAGCCGAUUACCUUCACAUUGCCCGUGACGACAGCAACAAUGUCUUUUCGAUCGGCUUCAAGACGAACCCUCCGGACGAUACGGGUAUCCCCCAUAUUCUGGAGCACACAACACUAUGUGGAAGCGAGAAAUAUCCCAUUCGCGAUCCAUUCUUCAAGAUGCUCCCACGGACGCUAUCAAACUUUAUGAACGCUUUCACGGCCUCAGACCAUACGUUCUACCCCUUUGCGACAACCAAUGAGCAGGAUUUCAAGAAUCUCAUGUCCGUUUAUCUGGAUUCAACAUUACACCCGUUGCUCAAGAAGUCCGACUUUACCCAGGAGGGAUGGCGAAUUGGUCCAGAGAACCCUCUCGCCGAGGAUGAGGCAGGCAAGAAGUUGGUGUUCAAGGGCGUGGUUUAUAAUGAGAUGAAGGGCCAGAUGUCGGAUGCCGGAUACCUAUACUACAUUCGGUUCCACGAUCAUAUCUUCCCAGAUAUCAACAACUCUGGUGGCGACCCUCAGAAGAUUACCGACCUCACGUACGAGCAGCUCCAGAAGUUCCACGCCGAACACUACCACCCCAGCAACGCCAAGGUCUUCACCUAUGGUGAUAUGCCGCUGGUUGAUCACUUGAAGCAGGUGGAUGCCCAGCUCAAAGCUUUCGAGAAGAUUCAAGGCGACAGGCAGAUCCACGCACCUGUGACCCUAAAUGGCCCCCAGGAGGUUACCCUCUACGGACCCCUUGAUCCUCUCGUCGACCCAGAUCGUCAGUUCAAGACUUCGGUGUCAUGGAUUAUGGGUGAUACCACCGACGUUCUCGAGUCCUUCUCACUCGCGCUUCUUUCCACUCUUUUGAUGGACGGCUAUGGUUCACCCCUGUACCGUGGUCUUGUUGAGGCUGGCAUGGGCGCUGAUUGGAGUCCUAAUGCUGGAUAUGAUAGUUCCGCCAAGAAGGGAAUUUUCUCCAUUGGCCUCACCGGUGUUCAAGAGGCUGAUGUGCCUAAGCUAAAGGAGAAGGUCCAGCAAAUUCUUCGGGAGGCUCGGGAGAAGGGAUUUGACAAGACCAAGAUUGACGGCUCACUGCACCAGCUUGAGCUAUCUCUCAAGCACAAGACAGCUAACUUCGGAUUCUCCAUGCUGAACCGAUUAAAGCCAAAGUGGUUUAACGGUGUCGACCCCUUUGACUCGUUGGCUUGGAACGAUACCAUCAAUGGUUUCCAAGCCAAGAUGGCCGAGGGCAACUACCUAGAAGGUCUUAUCGACAAGUAUCUGCUUAACGAUAACACUCUUACAUUUACUAUGGCUCCUUCAACGACCUACGGCGAGGACUUGGUGAAAGAGGAACAGGAGCGACUUUCAACCAGAAUCCAAGCCGCGAUCAAGGAGGCUGGCAGUGAGGAGAAGGCUCGACAGCAUUUCGAGAAGCAGGAACAGGAACUUUUGGCCGAGCAGAACAAGACGAACACUGAAGAUCUUGCGUGCCUACCCACUGUCCAUGUUAAGGACAUUCCCCGAAGCCAGGAGCCUGUAGUGGUCAGGGAUGAAAACGCCAACGGAACCAAGAUUCAGUGGCAUGAAGCUCCCACCAAUGGUUUGACAUACUUCCGUGCCAUCAACACAUUGGAGAACUUGCCCGAUGAGCUGCGCGAAUUGAUCCCGUUGUUCACCGACAGCAUCAUGCGUCUCGGAACGAAGGAUAUGAACAUGGAGCAGCUCGAAGACUUAAUCAAGCUCAAGACCGGCGGCGUUUCAGUCGGCUACCACUGUACACCCUCACCUGCCGAUUUCCAGGCCGCAAGUGAGGGCAUUAUCUUUACCGGUAUGGCAUUGGACAACAACGUCCCCGUCAUGUUUGAUAUCAUUCAGAAACUCGUCUUGGGAACCGACUUCGAUAGUCCUGAGGCGGCUCUUAGGAUUCGACAGCUGCUCCAGGCGUCUGCUGAUGGCGUUGUCAAUGAUAUUGCCUCAACUGGACAUCGGUAUGCAAUGGGCAGUGCUGAGUCUGGUCUUAGUCGUUCCGCAUGGCUUCGACAGCAAGUAUCUGGUCUCUCACAGGUGCAACUGGUGACUUCGCUGGCUAGCCGACCUGAGUCGGAUAAGCUCCAGGAUGUCAUUUCCAAGCUGAAGCAGAUUCAGGGUCUUGCUCUUGCCGGUGGAAACAUUCGCACCGCUAUCACCUGCGGCUCGGAGAGUGUCGCAGCCAACGGUGCUUCGUUGCAGAACUUUGUUGGCAACCUUUCUCGCGAUCCACUCAACAUGAAGAACCCCUCUCCACGACAGCUUCCCAAGGAUAGCAAGUCUUUCUAUCCUCUACCUUACCAAGUCUACUAUGGUGGGUUGUCACUACCAACCACAUCUUACACGGCAGCAGAGGGAGCACCUCUUCAGAUUCUGUCGCAACUUCUUACCCACAAGCACCUUCACCAUGAGAUUCGUGAGAAGGGCGGUGCGUACGGUGGAGGUGCUUACUCCCGAAGCCUCGACGGCCUUUUCGGUUUUUACUCUUACCGUGACCCCAAUCCUCAAAACACUCUGGGUAUUAUGCGUAACGCUGGUCAAUGGGCCGUCGACAAGAAGUGGUCUGACCGUGAUCUGGAGGAGGCUAAGAUCUCUGUAUUCCAAGGAGUUGACGCGCCCAAGUCUGUGAACCAGGAGGGCAUGGGCCGAUUCCUUUCGGGUAUUACUGAAGAGAUGAAGCAGAAGAAGCGCGAGCAGCUUCUGGAUGUUACCAUGGACCAAGUCCGAGAGGUGGCACAGCGCUACCUCGUCGAUGGAAUGGCCAAGGGCGCAGGCAGAGUUGCCUUCCUUGGAGAGAAGCAGUCCUGGGUUGAUGGCGAGUGGCAGAUCCGUGAAAUGGACGUCAAGGGCGCCGAGUAA